AUGCACAAGCAGCAUGUGUUGUGGUGUUAUUUUAUAUUUUUAGUUGGAACUCAGCUGUUUGUGGACACGAGCUCCACAUAUACUGACAUUGCUUACCUCAGGUACUUUUUAGAUUCCACAUGGACCCAUGAGUACAACCGGGGGGAGGAUACACUAGCGUACACAUAUUCGAGGUUAGGAGAGGGAUGCCUGUGGAAGACCAGGAUUGUGACAGGCAGCGUGUCACUAAUUGUGGCUUGGAUAUUCCAUCGUUUUCCCAUGAACGCCGAGUGGGGGAGUGUGUUUGGUUACACAGAGCUGAUGUUAUGCGCUCGUGCCUUUCUCCCGCUCAGGAGGAACCAGGCGGUCGACCCUUACAGAGUCUAUCUCGAUCGCCUGGCUGCUGAGGAGAUCCACCAUGACGUCUAUGCUGAUCACCAUGUGACGCGCCCAUUUGAUGACAUCUCACUAUUCUCAGGAUGGUUGGUAUGCAAUUAA